AUAGACGCUGACGUAAGCACGUGACACCAUCCAACUCGUGUAGUACUCUCGUGCGAAGCUAACGUCCGAAAGGUCGUAAGUAGAAUUUAAAAUAAAAAAAUUAAAGAAAAAAAAUUACCCCUGUUUGUAGAGAGAGAGAAAGAGAGAGAAAGAGAGAGAGAGAGAGAGAGAGACGAUGGGUAAGGUAGUGGAGAAGAAGAAGAAGAAGAAAGGACGACCCUCUCUUUUAGAUCUCCAAAAGCGAAGUCUCAGACAACAACAACAACAGCAGGAGCAGCAACAGCAAAAGCAAAACCCUAAUUCUAACCCUUAUUCGAAUUCUAAUUACAGAAAACCUAUCGUCCCUACUCCUAACCCUAACCCUAAUGGUCGAUUCACUCGCCGUAAUCCUUACCCUGACGGAAUCUCUGCAGCAGCCUCGGAAGGAGCCGAAGCCGGUGAUGAUGACGAUGACGAUAACGAGGAGGAGGAGGAGGAUUCCAACGGUAAGCGCAAGGAAAAGAAGCUCAAGUUUGUCCUUCGACUACCUUCGAAUCAGCAACACAGAUCUUCUUUGAAUUCUUCCUUGAAUUCUGGUUCUUAUGGCUCUGAUUCGAAUGCGGAGGAUGAGAACACUGAGACGCUGCUCAAGAAGAGAAGGGUUAAUGGCGUUGGUGACGGAUCUGGACCCGGCGAUGCUGAAAAGGGAAAUAAAACGAAGUCUGUUUCAAAAGGGGAAGAAGAGUCAGGUUCACGGUUGGAGUCCGGACCCACAACACCUUUACCGGACAAAAAGUUGCUGGUGUUCAUCCUCGACAGGCUUCAAAAGAAGGACACAUAUGGAGUGUUCUCUGAUCCAGUGGAUCCAAACGAACUGCCGGACUACCAUGAAAUCAUAGAGCAUCCAAUGGAUUUUGGAACUGUCAGGAAGAAAUUGGAUGGAGGAGCUUAUGCGAACUUGGAACAAUUUGAGAAAGAUGUCUUCUUGAUCUGUUCAAAUGCGAUGCGGUAUAAUUCACCAGAUACCAUUUACUACAGACAGGCACGCUCCAUGCAAGAGGUGGCAAAAAAGGAUUUUGAGAAUUUGAGGCAAGAUAGUGAAGAUAACGAACCAGAACCCAGAGUAGUGAGGAGAGGUAGACCACCGACCAAACACCUGAAAAAGCCUCCAGGAAGGCCUUAUUUUGAGCGUGCUGGCUCUGAAUUUUCCUCUGAUGCUACUCUUGCUACUGCGGGAGACACUGCCAUCUGGCCAAUUUCAGAUAGGUCUGGGCUUUCUGAUGUGUCAGGGAGGAUUUUCCAUGGGUCUCGGAGCACUGAAGCUUAUACUGGUUGGCUGGCUGAGCGGAAGUCUGAGAAGAAUGAUGAAUUUCCAGGAUCUGGGUUGAAAGGUAUGUCAGUGAAGUAUGGGAAGAAACAGUUUGUUUUAGAUGAAAACAGGCGCAACACCUACAAGCAAUUCCAUCCAUUGGCUGUUGGUUGCAAGCCAUCAGUGUUUACUGCCUUUGACGGGGAACCAAAGCAGCUAAUGACUGUGGGGCUUCAAGCUGAAUAUAGUUAUGCAAGGAGCCUAGCUCGCUUUGCUGCAAAUCUUGGGCCUGUUGCUUGGAAAAUUGCCUCCCAGAAGAUUGAAAGGGCAUUGCCAGCUGGAUUGAAUUUUGGUCCUGGUUGGGUAGGAGAAAAUGACACCCCACAGCCAUGGCCACGGCCACAGCCACAAGUACAAGCACCACCACCUGCGCGUCUGCUACCGCAGCCCUCUCCACUACCCAAGAUCUCAAUGUCAGCUACUAUCUCUCACGAAGUUGAGCCUGAGGGAGAAAAAACAUCAGAAAAGAAUUCUUCAAACUCUUUGUCAGAUGGCAUUCACAGCAAGCUUCCCCUUCCAUCUUCUGCCACUUCUUCUGCAGUCAAGAUUAGAACUCCUGAACCAACUACAGCAGAAGGAGAAGCUGCUAGAGGAUCAAAUUAUGACAGUGGAUUCAGUUUACUGAAUAGCAGUGUUGGUGCAAUCAGGCCUAGACCUCCCUUUCAAAUUCAUCAGAGUCACCUAAUCCACUAUACUAUGAAUGGUUGUAGUGGUGAAUUUGGGUUUAACCUUUCACCCCAGAUGGGGAAAUUGGCAAGGCCAGGUAGGCUGGCUGGGAGCUUUGGUUCAGAGGCUGCAAUGGCUUCAGGAAUGCUAGGAACAGUUGCCAGAAGCAACAAUUUUGUGCAUCCAAAACCUGUUGGCCAUUCAGAAUCUGACAAGUUGUCGAGGGCUUCAAAUACAGUAAAUUCUGGGGAUGUAUUGCUGAAUUCCUGCCAAGAAUCACAAUUAGUACCUGGAAUGGGGCUGCAUCCGCCAUCAUGGGGGGGAUUGUCAGUGCACCAGAAAAUAGAUUCGGUUCCUCCUGACCUGAAUGUUAGAUUUCAUUCACCAGGGUCUUCAAGUUCUAGUGUGCCGGUUGAAUCACCGCAGCCAGAUCUGGCAUUGCAGCUCUGAGGAUCAUUCAGUUAUUCUUCUUUUCUUUUGUUUUUAAUGUUUUUUACAAUUAUUAGGAGUUGGAGCUCCUGGUAAUGGAGAGGAAUAGAAGCUCUCUUUAGAUAAGCUGGUAGAGCAUAGUCGCACACAAUUGUGUUGUAAAAGAGUAGUGGGGGAGGAGGAAGUUUGUACAGAUUAAUGUAUUCUAAUCUAUGGGAUCAAAAUUUAACAGAGGGAAAGCCCAAGAAAAAAAGAAAAGUUCCAUUUGUAU